UUGAAAUUGAAGCAUAUGCUUUUAUGCGAUCCGCAUCAAUUCGCGCACUCCUCGGAGUCAUAGUUCCAAACUGUCUUCCCUAAGCCCAAUUAAAUAUUCUUUCGCCCUUGCAAUUUAAUUGUUUCUCCCAAAUUUCUCAUCACAGCGUUCUGAAUCUACACUACAAGUCGAUCCAUAGAUUGGAGGAUCGGAAUCAGAUAAGAGGGAUAUCGCCUAUUUUGUGACAUGGCGACAGGGGAGAUGAAAGUGUUGAGUGCACUCGAUCAGGCGAAGACGCAAUGGUAUCACUUCACGGCGAUCAUAAUCGCCGGAAUGGGAUUCUUCACCGACGCUUACGAUCUGUUCUGUAUCUCUCUAGUCACGAAAUUACUCGGCCGGAUUUAUUAUCAUGUCGAUGGUUCCCCGAAACCGGGUAGUUUGCCGCCGAAUGUGGCGUCCGCCGUCAACGGUGUCGCUUUCUGCGGGACGCUCGCCGGGCAACUCUUCUUUGGCUGGCUCGGGGAUAGGUUGGGGAGGAAGAAAGUAUACGGGAUCACUCUGAUGUUGAUGUGCGGUUGUUCGAUUGCAUCGGGUCUCUCGUUUGGUCGGAGCCCUAGUUCCGUGAUGGCAACACUCUGUUUCUUCCGGUUCUGGCUCGGAUUCGGGAUCGGCGGCGAUUAUCCCCUCUCCGCCACCAUAAUGUCGGAGUACGCCAACAAGAAGACUCGCGGAGCUUUCAUCGCGGCGGUUUUCGCCAUGCAGGGGUUUGGAAUUCUGGCGGGUGGAAUCUUCGCGAUCGUAGUCUCAGCCAUUUUUGAGGCCAAUUACCAUGCGCCGCCGUACGAGGUGGAUCCGGUGGGGUCCACGGUUCCGCAGGCGGAUUAUGUUUGGAGAAUCAUCCUGAUGGCGGGGGCGGUCCCGGCCCUGUUGACGUGGUAUUGGAGGACGAAGAUGCCGGAAACCGCUAGGUACACGGCGUUAGUGGCGAACAAUGUGAAGCAGGCGACGGCGGAUAUGUCGAAGGUAAUGCAGGUAGAUCUGGAAGCGGAGGUGGUGCCGCCGGAGAAUCAAUCGAAGUCCGCCGGCGCUUUCGGUCUGUUUUCGAAGGAAUUCGCACGCCGGCACGGGCUCCACUUACUGGGGACCACAUCUACAUGGUUUCUCCUGGACAUAGCUUAUUACAGUCAGAAUCUGUUCCAGAAAGACAUAUUCAGCGCGGUUGGAUGGAUUCCAGCGGCGAAGACGAUGAGCGCGACCCAAGAGGUUUUCAAAAUCGCAAAGGCUCAGACGCUGAUAGCCCUAAUGAGCACUGUUCCGGGAUACUGGUUCACCGUCUUCUUAAUUGACAGAAUCGGAAGGUUCUCGAUCCAACUUCUAGGCUUCUUAAUGAUGACGGCCUUCAUGUUUGCCCUCGCCAUUCCUUACAACCACUGGACUCACCCGGGAAACCAUAUCGGUUUUGUGGUCUUAUAUUCACUGACUUUCUUCUUCGCCAACUUCGGGCCAAACGCCACCACCUUUGUGGUCCCGGCGGAGAUAUUUCCGGCGAGGCUGAGGUCCACGUGUCAUGGGAUAUCAGCGGCUUCAGGGAAGCUUGGAGCAAUGGUGGGGGCAUUCGGGUUCUUGUAUUUGGCCCAGCCGCAGGACAAGUCAAAGGCUGAUGCAGGGUACCCUGCAGGAAUAGGGGUGAGGAAUUCCCUAAUUUUGUUGGGAGUGGUUAACCUUUUGGGAACACUUUUCACAUUCUUGGUCCCUGAAUCUAAGGGCAAAUCCCUUGAAGAAGUUUCAAGAGAGAAUGAAAUGCAGUCUGUUUCAUGAUUUUAAGUACUUCACCUGCUUUUACCUUGUUACUUUCUCUGUUUUUUUUAUAGCUUUUGAUUCAUUUAUGUGUUCUUACAAAACAAAAGUUAUAUGGGCUAGUUGUAGUUUUUAGUUGACAAUAAGAAUAUUAUUUACAAAUUUAGUG